CCAGCACCACCUUUUUUCCUCUCAUGCAAUACCAAAACUGACCCUGCCUGGCAGAGAGACUGCUAGGCGAACAGAGCAGUGCUCGCAUCGCCAGCGCUCCGCGGGAGCCGCCUCUCCCCUGCCAGCCGCUGCAGCCCCUCCGGGGCACCGCUGCUGCAAGUUCCCCGGAGGCUGGCGCCGGGGCCGGGGGGUCUCCUCCGGGAACCGGGGAGCGGUCGCUGCCCACGGGCUGUCCCUUUGCCUCGGCCCGGCAGGGGCCGUGGGGCGGCGGCGAGGGAGAGCGGCCCCCGGAGGGCAUUUCCCGAAGGCAGCGGGGCCGGGACCCGGCAGGAAAUGGAAGGAUGAAGUGUGCAGCCGGAGCGGUGAUGUUCCUUCUCUCCUUGCUUUCCCCCGCAGGAACGUAAUCCGCAAUGCUAGUUCUCAGGUUGCUCAAUGUUGUCGCUCCAGCCUACUUCUUGUGCAUCUCCCUAGUGACCUUCGUCCUCCAGAUCUUUGUCUUCAUCCCCAGCAUGUUCAGAGACCCUUCCACCACCUCACUUUUCUCGCCUGCUCUGCUGCAUGGUGCCCUCUUCCUCUUCCUCUCAGCUAAUGCCCUGGGAAACUACGUCCUUGUGAUCCAGAACUCCCCCGAGGACUUGGGCAAGGACUUAAACUUGGGCAAAGGAGCCGAAGUGGCAGACUGGCUGGAUGGAAGCAGGUCCCCUGGCUCAGCCUUGCCCGGCACUCACUUCUGUAGACUGUGUGCCAGAGUCACCCAGAGGCAUGACCACCACUGUUUCUUCACAGGGAACUGCAUCGGGAGCAGGAACAUGCGAAACUUCAUCAUGUUCUGCCUCUACACCUCCCUGGCUUGCCUUGACUCCCUAGUGGCAGGCAUGGUUUACAUUUCUGCUACACUUUCCAUGUCCUUUGCGGACCCACUGGCCUUCCUCACUCUUCUGCCUCAUUCCAUCAGCCAGUUCUUCUCAGGAGCUCUCCUCAGCUCUGAGAUGUUUGUCAUCCUCAUGCUCUACCUCUGGCUUGGGAUCGGACUGGCCUGCGCCGGCUUCUGCUGCCACCAGAUGCUGCUGAUCCUGCGCGGGCAGACUCGGUACCAGGUGCGGAAAGGAAUGCUGGUAAGAGCCCGGCCCUGGAGGGAGAACCUGCAAGAAGUCUUUGGCAAGAAGUGGCUGCUUGGACUUUUCAUCCCUGUGCAGAAUGUGGAGAGUAGCUACCGUAGGCAGAAAGGGAAAUAAAAUCCCCAAGCGUGUGUGUGCAUCCCACGCACACAACACCUUCCCUGUCCUCUCCCACUGUCUCCUGGAUCACUACAGAGCUGGGCUACUCCAUCUUUUGGGAUUGCAGCGGCUGUGGGAGGAAAGGAUGGGCUAUCAAACAGAAUAAAUUGAGCAUAUUUACAUGGAAAUCACAAACCAUGUAGAUGAGAUACUACUCCAGCUUGUUAGUCACAUCACUGCACCUGCAUAGGUGGCAACAGUCUUUGAACUUGCAGAAAACUUAGUCAGACCCUCCUGUGGCUUCCUGUCUGAAUCCCUCAGUCCCCAGCCCUAUUAGUCACCCUAUAUAGUCUUUAAAAACUGCAUCAGGAGCCUGGGCUGUUGUGGAAGACUGUAAAAAUGGUCUCUAGUCUUAGGGAGGGUAUUGUGGAGUGGCUCUUUGGCACUUAUAUACAUGAGGUAACUUUACAUGAGAGCAUAAUUCCAGAAUUGUUUGGACAAUGAUCUCAGGUACAUGGUGUCGUUCUUGGGAUUGUCCUAUUCAGGGCAAAGAGUUGGAUUUCAGUGAUCCUUGUGGGUCCCUUCCAUCUCAAGGUAUGAUUCUUGAUUCACAAUACUGACGAGCCCUUAAUGACAGAACUGCAAUGCAAUCAAGCUGUCCUAGGAACAGGUUAUGAACAUGGUUAAUGCAUCAGGAAAACCUUAUCUCCACAGGCUAGAAAUUCAGGAGGAAAACUAAAAGAAAUUGAGAAUUUCUCAUUUCUAUUCGUGAUGUGUUCCCUAUAUAAUGAUAGUCCAAGACUGUAGCUCUGCUACUUAUUUUUAGCAAUCCUUUGUCCAAUGACAGAGUCCAGGCAAAGCUGCCCUUCUGACAGGGAGCAGCAAGCAUGGUCAGAUGGAGGGACAAGGAGAGGAAACCACAAAGGUGAAUGAAAAUGCUGUGUUUGAGAAGCUGUGUGAUGAGACAGGCUAUGCAUACCUGUGAGAGAGACAGAAGGAAGUGUGGCCACACAGUGAGCAGUUGGGAGGGUGCCAAGAGCGUCUCUGCUGUGUCAGAGCCCUGAUGCAUCACCCUCUCACAGGAAACACCUGUACCAUUAAGGCUGUGAAGAGUUCAAAAUUCCAGAAGACAGGGAGGUUUUCCAGCCCAUCAGGGCACUUAAUUUUGCACUUGAAUAAUUAGAAAAAUGCUUUUCUCAGACAUCCCUGCCACACUUUAGUUACAGCUCUCCAGGGCAAUUCCCUCUCGCAUUGCUGCAGAGGGGUAAAAUCAUCUGUGCUAUAACUCCAUUAAGGAUGUUAAUAGAAUUACUACAGGGAUUAAUCAACUUCUUGUGUCUGUUGUUUUUUAGCUGCAGCAGCAGCCCAUUAGAUCAGUGCUGAGAUCCUGUGCUUACAGAUGUCUUAACAAAGGAUAUCGUAACAUCUCCACCAGGAUCAUAGCAUUGGAUUCCCCAGCAGCUGCAAGAGAGAAGCCUCUGUUUUGGCAAACUGCAUCAGCUUAUGUGGGCUGGGUAGGAAUCUAUUGCUUCUCUUUAAUAGGCUGGGAGUAUGCUGACAAGCCAUGAAAAAUAUUAUUUCUUCCUCAGAAAGGCUCUCAGUGCAUUCCCGAUAGUGGAAUGUCCCUUGCUUUUAUCCUUGAGUUUCUCACAAGCCAGAAUGGAGUCACUCACUCCUACAGGCUUUGUAAUCAUCUUUGACCACUUUACACUUGAAUACAACUUUGAAUCAAUAACAAACAAAGUCUAUUGUGAUGAGCAGAGUAACCUUGAAAAUGUACUGGAAAAACCCUUAGCUGGAUAACUAAAACAUGGAGGAUAUGCAUCCUUCCACACUGUGUGUGUUCCCAUGAACACACAAUUGUUUCCGUGGGUAAUAUGAUGUAUUUUCUCUAACAGUGAACAAUAAAACAUAUUCUGAUUUUUUA